GUCCGCCCCGCCGCAUGAAUGGAAAGCUCGCCCGCAAUUCGCCGCAAAAGCUACGCCCACACACAUUUCCGUCCCCCGGACCAGACCCAGGAAAACAGCCCCCAAUCGAUUUUCACUAGCAGAUAGAAGGGACAGUCAGUAGCAGUGAGCAGUCGAUGUGAAACAGUUAUCUUAUGAAAACGUAUACAAAACUUUCCCAUAUUCGCCGUAGCAGCCAAUUCGCCGUCCGAGAGCUCCAAAUUUUUUCUCUCACUUGAGUCCUGCGAAGUCGACGUGUCGAUGCGAUAUUUCUCGUCUGGCGAAAAACGGUGAAACAUUUGAGAAAACAAUUGAAAGGCAUUCGCACUGCCAUUUUGAGGCGACUCCUGAAUAAUUGAACGACUGCAGUGCUGUGGCAAGACGUGUGGGUGCGCGUACGUUCAAUAAUUGAUUGGGUAACCGUAAACAAAUAGCAGCAGCACGGACCAGGACCCUACCGUAUGUUAGGCCAGUGCCAAGGCUAACUUCCAAUACUUCACGAUUGGACGGCAGCUAGAGCUAGAGCCCCAGCCACAUUAUCGAUUUGCGUAUAUGUGUAUGUCUGCGAAAUAGCAGUGUACACCUAAACACCUAUACACCUGUGCACCUACUCCCACACGCACGCACAUACACACACACACACACACACGCACGUCAACCGUAGUGCACGUCAACGGCAAGAACUUUGACGCACGGGAUCUCGUGGUAUCCGUACAGAGGAGCAGAAGCAACCGCAUCAACCUCAAGACGCAUCGGCAAACGGACAGCAGAGAGCUCUGAACCGAAAUGGCCAGCGGCGGGGACCCCAAGUGGCAGAAGGAUGCUGCCGACCAGAACUUCGACUACAUGUUUAAGCUCCUCAUCAUCGGCAACUCCAGUGUGGGCAAGACGAGCUUCCUCUUCCGCUAUGCCGACGAUAGCUUCACAUCCGCCUUCGUCUCCACGGUGGGCAUCGACUUCAAGGUGAAGACCGUCUUUCGCCACGACAAGCGGGUGAAGCUUCAGAUUUGGGACACGGCCGGGCAGGAGCGCUACCGCACCAUCACCACAGCCUACUACCGCGGCGCCAUGGGUUUCAUCCUGAUGUAUGAUGUCACCAACGAGGACAGCUUCAACUCGGUGCAGGACUGGGUCACACAAAUCAAAACCUACUCGUGGGACAACGCCCAGGUCAUUUUGGUCGGAAACAAGUGCGACAUGGAGGAUCAGCGCGUGAUUAGCUUCGAGCGGGGCCGCCAACUGGCCGAUCAGCUGGGCGUGGAGUUCUUCGAGACGUCCGCCAAGGAGAAUGUGAAUGUCAAGGCUGUCUUCGAGCGCCUGGUGGAUAUCAUAUGCGACAAGAUGUCCGAGAGCCUGGACGCAGAUCCAACGUUAGUGGGCGGGGCACAGAAGGGCCAGCGCUUAACGGACCAGCCGCAGGGCACGCCCAACGCCAACUGCAACUGUUAGAGCGCCACCAGCCCCAGGAGAACGAGAACCCGGCACCGGAAAGUUAGAGAGAGGAUCUACUCGUACAACAAUCGUACAACAACAUUGACCGCAACUGAGUCAACAACAAACAGAAACAACAUAAAAUCAACAAAAACUUAAAGCUAGAUAAUUAGUCAGCUCAUUAAUCAAGGGAUGGAGGGCGUUAAUCCGCCAGUUAAACGAUGACAUGUAUAUGCAGGCAUCCAUGAAUGAUAUGAAGGCCAUGAGUAUGCCAGCAAUGCCUGUGUGCACUGUAUUUGUAACCAUAUAUGUAUGUAUAUCCUUUCCGUUCGGUCGCCUCCGUGUAAAUGUCAGAUGUUAUUUAAUCAAUGUUUGAAUUGUAAUUGGUAAUCGAUAAUUGGUAAUUGGUAAAUUGUAAUGUGUAUCUUGUAACGUGUAAUUUAAUCGGCUGCCGGUGCUGGCAGCCUCGAGGCACUUUCCACUUGUAUAUACAUAUGCUGGCUUAACUGUACAUUUUGAAUGCUUGGUCACAACGCACAAAGCUAGCAAAUUGGUGAAAUCGAACAUAGUAACUAAAGCUACCACUAUGACUAUCUACAUACAUGUAUGAAACACACACACACACAGACACGUUUAUAACAUUAAAUCCCGAUCCCGGCUUGCCUUGGCUGGAAGGCUGCAGAGGCAGAUACAGAUACAGAUGAAGAAAGACAUACGUAAACAGAUACGUACAUGCUCGUAUAUAAAGAGCUAUGUACAUGAAUCGAGUGGCAAGCCAUUAUUGUUAUUAAAUAUUAUUAUUAUUAUUAUUAUGUACGUAUGUAUUUAUGUAGUGAAAUGGAAAAUUUUAAUGUGUUGCAAUUGAUAAAUGAAAUAUAUACAUCAAAUAUACAUACCUACUAUAUACGAUAAAUAGUACAUACUACCCAGACUCAGAGCCUAUAGCCGAUAGCCUUUAGCCCUUAGGUACGUUCGCAGUUUUCCCUGUCUCUGUUCCUGUCAAGUUCCGAAUCCUUUCUGACAAUAACGUGCUGAAGACAGACAAACUUGAGGAUCGAAUUGAUCCUUGCUAUCCCAGGUAUCAAAAUUGUUUUCCGUUCUGAACAUUAACCUCACAGCGCACAAUUUAUUGAAUCGUUUGCGUAUUGAAAUUGAAAUCGAAAUUGAAUUGAGCCCACCGAGCCAGCUGACAGAUCGGUGCAUUUAAUUUGCCAACUAUCCUCCCGACACAGACAUCCUCUUUUGAUAAGCACACCCCCGCCCCCAAACCCCCUCACUUUUCUACUGUCGUACGCUACGCUACGCUAUUGUAAAAGACACAACCAACUGCUGCCGUGACGAUAUUUGUCAGACAUGGAGGAGACAGAGUUGAGGGGACCUUGUAUAUCUGGCCGCGGCCAGGAGGCUGAAACUGCUGAAACAUAACUGAAAUAUAAAUGAAUAUACAUAUGUAUGUAUUGGGAAAUGCUCUUUAAUGUUAAAUAUGUAUGUGUAUACGCAGAGUUUCACUUGAAUUACGAUUAAAUUAAAGGCAUAUCGCUGUAUUAUAAAUACCCAAAACGAAUCGAGAUAAACAUACGUACUACAACACACACCCGGAGACACCGUGCAAGCCAGAUCCAUCUACCCCUACACCUCCGCGUAGCCAGAAAAAUUGCACAACGAGUUGUUUAGAUAAAGAACCAAAGUACAGAGGAUGGGGAGUGGGAAAAUAGUGGAGGGAAAUGUGAAAAUUAUAUACGAAAAUGCCUUAAACAAACGACAGCUGACGCGUACAUAGACUUUCUGGCAUUCGAUCUGUUUUGUAAGAUAUGCAGUUACAGCAUUCGCCUAAACUGAACUGAACAAACCCGACUAAAUUUAAAGUGAAAUCAAACCAAAACCAAAAACUAACAAAAUAAGCAAACAAUUGUUAUCGAAUUCAUACUCGUACUCGUGCAUAAAGCAUUGGGUAAGCAAACGUUUUUGCGCUACAUUGUUGUCAUUUAACGAAUAGUACAUAUGUAUGUACGUAUAUGGUACUAGCAUAUUGAUUAUGGCAUUGUGUACUCUCAGCCGAAAACUAAUAUUUGUGAACCGUUCUUGUACUCGUAAUCGUAUUCCAAGUAUUCCAAAAACAAUGCCAUUAUUUGCAUUCCAUUUGAAUUGCAGCAGAAUUACCCAACUAUAAAAUGCAUACGAUACAAUUAUGUCAAACCCAAAAGAAAACUAAAUUGAAAAAUUCAAAUAAAAUAAUUCCGUAUGUUAUUCAA